AUGAAUCCUAAAAAUAAUAGUAGUUCUCCUCAAGAUCGCAAUCUUCCAGAUACUUCAAAAAAAAAAAAUACAAGAACUAGUAGUGUUGCUCUCACUCCUCCUUAUACAAGUAAAAACCGAUUCGCCCCACUUCUAACUCUCCAAGACAACGACAAAACGGACGGCACCGACGACGAAGUCAGCUCUCAACAAUCACAGGUUAGACCAAAAAUUCCACCUAUUUACGUAUACAACAUUUCUGAUUAUCAAAACUUCCAUACAUCAUUAUCCAAUAUAACUUUUCAUGAAUUCUCCAUCGUGAACACAAAAUCUGCUCUCAAAUUAAACAUGGAUUCCAUUGACGAUUAUAGAACCGCAACAAAACUUUUUGACGAAUACCACACUUACCAAUUCCCAGAAAACAAACAACUAUCUGUCAUCAUUAGGAACCUCCCUGUAAAUAUAUCAGAAGCUUGCAUACAUAAAGAACUCGUAGAACUGAAAUUCGAAGUAGCCUCAGUUACUCGUCUGCAAAAUAAAUUUAAAACUCCAAUACCUAUUGUAGCGGUACUGCUAUCCAAAUCAUCUGCUGCGAUUUACUCUCUAAACAGACUCUUGCAUUGUGUAGUAGCGGUAGAACAAAGGCAACCUUCCAAAGGCAUUCCUCAAUGUACUAACUGCCAGCGUUUUUCGCAUACAAAAAAGUUUUGUCACUUACCACCUAGAUGCGUCAAAUGCGCAGGUGAUCACCACUAUAGUUCUUGUCCAAAAGAUAUAAACACUCCACCAAAAUGUGUAAACUGCCUUAGCGAUCACCCAGCGAGCUACAGAGGCUGUACUUUCUACAAAGAAAUUUCAAAAAAAAAAAAACAAUUAUAA